CGGGCCGAAGUGGCACUAAGCCCCCAGCGCAGGGGCUUGUGGCAGGGCUUUGCUCGCCCCCCGGUCCCGCGGGUGCUGCUGUAUCACGGUGGCUCUGCAGAAACCCGAGCUCCCGGCAGUGACCGCAGCUCCCUAUUUGCGGCGUGUGACUCGUCCCCAGGAGCGGGCGCUGCUAUUUUGGCUGGUGGAUAAUCAGCCUCUCAAAAAUAGGCGAUGGCUCCAGGAGGGUGCGUGGGGAGAGAGCGUUCUGGAAGGGGAACACCCCCGGGCAGGGGAGGAUAAAACCCACUGCUCCCGGCUGCAGCCCAGCAUCGCGACAGCCCCUGCACAGAGCAGAGCCGCAGCACACACCGGGAGCACACACCGGGAGCGCACACCGGGAGAAGAGAUGCUUUGCCGCCUGCACUUCAUGCCGCCCACCUCCAGCUCGCUGUUCCCGUGGCUGGGACCCAUCCGCACCCUCUGGCCGCAUCCAGGCACCCUCUUCGCGGAGCUGGAGCGAGAGCUGCGGCUGGAGAUGGAGAGGGCUCGGGAGUUCAUGAGCAGCUUCGAGCAGUACCUGAGCACCGGGAGCAGCACCAGCCGGAUCGGCAUCGCCGCGGAGCGAGCCCCCAGCACCAGCGCAGCCCUGACCCAGGGCUCCGGGGAGGGCUUCUCCGUCUGCCAGGACGUGAAGGACUUUACACCCGAGCAGCUGUCGGUGAAGGUGGUGGGCAGGAAGGUGGUGCUGGUGGGGCAGAAGGAGACGCAGAGCACAGACGAGAAGGGCUCCUUCUCCUACAAGUACGAGGUGCUGAAGCGGGAGUGGGACGUGCCCGAGGAGGUGGACGCCGAGGCGCUGACGUGCUCCCUGACCAAGGAGGGGCAGCUCCGCAUCGAGGCCCCCCGGCUGGCGCUGCCGGCCGCCCCGGAGAGGAACGUGCCCAUCCAGAUGGGGCCGGCGGUGGCGCAGUCAACAGCCAGCACCGACGACGGGGCCGAGCGGGCCAAGGCGUGACGGGGAAAGGACGGGGCCGGGCUGAGCCCGGCUGCCGGGGCAGCUGCUGGCCGCAGGACAGCGGCCGGGGGGCUCUG